UACGCUAUUUACAGGAACGAUGGGGAAGAGACGGCAGAGAAGUCAAGUUUUCAGUAACUUAACUAAAAAACAGAAGAAACAUCUGAAAGAAUUCGGAGAGCAGCAUCCUUUUCAUGACAACGUGAAUGAAAAGGCCGAGAAGACACAAAUUGUGAAUUUGACGGAGAGCCCGGAGCAGUCCAGUGAGGAGAGUGACGCAGAAAGCGAGCCCGAGCACGCAUCAGCAUAUCAGAAACUGCUGUCGACUCUGAGCCAGCCUGCUGAGGAGGAGGAGGAGGAGGAGGAGGAGGAGGAGAGCGAAGAUGAAGAAAGUGAGAGUGAUGAGGAAGGGGGAGACAGCAGCGCUGACGGUGAAGAAGGGGAGGAGGAAGAGGAAGAGGGGGUGCCAGAACAGCAAAGUGAGGAUGAAGAGGUGAAAAAGGAAGAAGAGGAAGAGGAGGAAGGGAAUGAAGCAGGGGAGGACACUGCAGUGGCUGAGGAAUUCACAGAUAAGGAGCAUGAAUCCCAAUUCAGCCUGGAGACAAACUUCCUUGGGGAAGGUGAACCAGAGACUACGGACAGUGCAGCAGUACAGGACAACAUGAACGACAUGAUUGUUCGGCAUCUGGACACAGAGCUCAGUGAAGAGGAAGUGAAAAGCAUCAAAGCAGGGACCAGGAGCAGGACCCAGGCCAAGUGGCCAAGACUGGGCAAUCUGCUGUGCAGCUCAUUCCUGGAGCGGUUCAGCUCCUUCAGCCGUGAGACGUCUGUGAGCCCGCCUCAGCUCCACAAAGCCCUGGAGGCCAACUGGCCCUCGGCGAACAAGGCCUUCCUCCCUCAGGCGGUGUCCACGGACGUCAGCCCCCUGCAGGAGGAGCUGUUGGGCCUCAUGGGCUCCUACAGGGACGUGUACUUCCCAGAGAGCUCUCCCCUGAGUGAGGCGCCCCAAGUGCGGAGCGCCUACUGCCUGCACGCCCUCAACCACGUGCUGAAGGCCAACUCCCGGGUCCUGGCGCAUAACGCCCAGCUCAGGGAGCGCAAGCCUGGCGAUGAGCUCCAGGACGAGCCCCGGGACCAGGGCCUGACCCGCCCAAAGGUUCUCAUCCUGGUUCCGUUCCGGGACAGCGCCCUGCGAGUGGUCCAGAUCCUCAUCAGCCUGCUGGAGACCAAAGGCAAGAAGAUGGACGUCAGCAACAAGAAGAGGUUCAAGGACGAGUUUGGUGAGGAGCCAGGGGACAGGCCACCCAACCUCUCCAGGCCCGACGACUACCAUGCUGUCUUCUCGGGCAAUGUCGACGACCACUUCAGGAUAGGUGUGUCAAUUCUGCGGAGGAGCAUGCGCCUGUACGCCCCCUUCUACUCCUCUGACAUCAUCAUCACAUCCCCGCUCGGCCUGCGCACCGUGCUGGGGACGGAGGGAGAGGCCAAGCGCGACUUUGACUUCUUGUCCUCCAUCGAGCUCCUCAUUGUGGACCAGGCCGACAUCUUCCUGAUGCAGAACUGGGAGCACGUGCUGCAUGUGCUGAAGCAUCUGAACCUGCAGCCCCUGGACUCCCAUGGCGUUGACUUCUCCAGGGUACGCAUGUGGAACCUCAAUAACUGGGCACGGUGCUACCGCCAGACGCUGGUGUUCAGUGCUAUUCAGGACCCUCAGAUCAACAACAUCCUAUCCAAGCACUGCUUCAACUACCGGGGCCAGGUUUCUGUGAAGAAUUUGCCUAAGACUGGAUCAAUCUGCCAGGUUCUGGUCCAGCUGCCUCAUGUUUUCCAAAGUUUCAGUUCGGACAGCUUCAUGGAUCAGGAUGCCAGGUUCCAGUUCUUUGUGGACAAAGUGCUGCCCCAGUACAGAGACGCAGUCAUGUCCCACACCCUGAUCUAUGUGCCCUCCUACUUCGAUUACGUGCGCCUGAGGAACUACCUGAAGAAGGAGGAGAUGAACUUUGCCUGCAUCUGCGAGUACUCCAAGAAGUCUGAGGUUUCGCGUGCCCGGCACUUCUUCCAGAAAGGAGACAAACAAUUCCUGCUCUUCACAGAACGUUUCCACUUCUAUAAGAGGUACACAAUCAAGGGCAUCCGGAACCUGAUUUUCUACACACUGCCCACCUACGCGCACUUCUACAGUGAGGUGUGCAACAUGCUGAAAGCAGGCAGCAGCGGGGAGGAGGCCAGCUGGACCUGCACGGUGCUCUACUCCCGCUACGACAUGCAGAGGCUGGCAGCCGUGACUGGGGCCGAGAGGGCCGCCCAGAUGCUGCAGUCCAAGAAGUCCGUCCACCUGUUCAUCACGGGGGAGGACAAGACGCAGUGAACGGUGGGUUAGGAGGGCGUAAGGGCCUGUGGCUGUUACUGACCAUCUCUCAAACCUGGCUGGAUGUGGGAUGGAUGAGUGGGAAGCUCUGGAACUGAGCCGGAUCACAUGACAAAGUCACAACAAGUCAGUAGGAGUGACAGGUGGAUUGCCUGUGGUUUUUGGUUUAUAUCUGUUGUUUAUUCCCACAAACCUGAGCCCAUUAUGACUGUGGAGGACUGAACUGUGUUCCUGCUAAGAGACUGAAGGAAGGACAGUGGCGGGCUUGUGUCUGGAUGUGGCCAGUGAAACAGAACGCAGAACUGAUAAUCACCUUGUUUUUGUUCCUGUUUGGGUUUUAUGAAUUCACCCAGUUAAAUCUGCCACAAAAACUAAAAGUCUGGGACCGCUUUGUCAGUCCAUUUUCAUCCAUUAG